AUGCCGUGCGUGAGCACGGACUCGGUCAUACUACUUCUGAGGUGAAGUGAAUAUCAGGGAAAGACUGAGAAGAGCCGCAGUGAGGCCGCGCGGAUCUCCACCGCAGACAGACAGCAGCAUCUGCAGAGAAACGCUCGGCCCCGAGCCGCGGGGUCCGCCAUUCAGAAACUUAAGCAAGAUAUAAAGGCGUUCUGUUCUUCUUGGGCUCUCUUAAGAGAUUAUCAGGAUGACUUUCAGGACCGCGUUUGAGUAGUGACUGCCGUGCAGAGAACCCCGCUCAGCAGCGAGACUCUGCGAGCGUGCCAGUCACAGGAGAUGGACCUGGAGCGGGCCUCCCAGGACGUCGGCGCCCGUCACCAGCUGGAGAGGCAGAGGAGGAAGGUCCUGACAACAGCCUGGUGUGAGCGUGGGCGUCGGGGGAGACCCACGAGGAACACGCAGAAGCCCCUCUCGGGAGAGUGCUGGGCAGGAAGGACGGCUGGCAUCCUGGCCAGAGGGCAGAGGGGCAGAGCCACGGGGGCGGUGACUGGCGUCCCCUUAACCCAGGAGGUGAUGGCAGCUGGAGGAGGAGUGAGGGUGCCACAGGCUGAUUUAGGCUUUUGGGGGUCACUCUGGCUGCUCUGUCAGGAGGCCACAAUGGGGAGCAGGGGGAUGACUGUGGUGUCACGGGCCAGCGACUUGGGCCAUGUUGGUGGUGAUGCAGGAAGUGGGACUGGCUGCGGUGAGGCCCAGGGAAAGGAGCUGAAAGGAAACCUCAGAGUUCACUGCCAGUUUCAGCCUCUCGCCUUUGAUAGUGAAUGCGAUGAUCCAGUUUUGCGAGCAGAUUUCAGACUUGAUUCUGCUGGCUCUAGUACUUUCUGCACUUUCUUGACUGGUGGCCAGUAUGAGUCACCUGUCAAGGGACUGGAAAUCGGGCCCAUGGAGUGUGUCAGUGUGGUCGGCGUUAAGAUUGAUGGUGCUUUUCUGACUCUGCACCAAGAACCGACGCUCCGAGGCGCCGGCAAAACCGCCUCGCCGGUCACAAGAGUCGCGCUGGCGACCCGUGGGGCUCCUCCGCUGGGAAUCUCCUGGUGCGUUCACCGGGCCCUGAACUACCAUCAGCAGGACUGUCCAUAUCCACAGCAAGCAGCCUUGGCUCUCACAGAGCAUGUAGAAGUGCAUAGAGCGUGGAACUCGCAGAUGUGCCAGGAGCGCGUAGAUGUGCGGCAGGAGGAAUUCCCCAGGAACCCAGGGGAGCAGCCUGCAGGGGCGGCAGAGCUGCUGGAGGGCCCCGGGCUGCUGCCUCCUCAUGGCUGGAUCACGUCAGCUGGCAGCCCAAUGCACAAAAGGGCUGAGGGAUUUGAUGAGCACUUCUGGGUGCUCAGCACCAAGCUGCAGAGAAGGAAUAAAGUUGAAAGCGUGGCCAUGGCCGUCCGGCUACUUCCUAAAGGCACCAUCCUCUCCAGAGGUGCCUUCGUGGGUGAGGCGGGUCCCAGGCAGCUGCAGGGUGAGAAGGUCAGGAAACGGCGUUUUUCGGAUGUGACUUCCUGGUUCGCGUUAUUCGUACCUGUUGAUGGACCCAGAGCCACGUGGGGUUCCGUUUUCAGAGCAGACGUCCAGUCCCCUGGGGUUGUGGUCCAGCAGCGUCUCAGCGCGGUCUUUGGAGAUGUAUGCCCCCUACUCAGGUCUCUCUUGGAUGGGUGCAAAGUUUGUGUUAUGGCAUAUGGAGAGACGGGCAGCGGGAAGACCUACCCCAUGCUGGGAUCCCAUUCGGACGAUAACCCUGUCCUGCUGCUCCUCCCACAGAGGGACUUAGGAAUUAUCCCCAGAGCGGCUGAGGAGCUCUUCAGGCUUAUUUCGGAAAAUCCCUCAAGAAUCUCAAAGGUUGGAGUCUCCAUCAUGGAAGUUUACAAUAAAGAUGUUUUUGAUCCUCUGGCCAAAGACAGCGUUGCAGCUGUGUCAGGGGUCAAGCGUGAGGUGAUGACAGCCAAGGACAGCCGGAUAGAGGUCGUGCUGCUGGUCUCUGAGGGGGGUGGCAGCACCUUGAGACUGGUGGAGCUCGUUAGUGGAGGUCUGCAGCUCAGGGCGAAGCACGCCACCCUGGUGCACGUGGAUUCUUCCCAGUCUCACCUGAUAAUUACAAUGACUCUCACCACAGUCACCUGCUCUGACAGCACGGCUUCCCGAGCCUGCGGUGCCACCCUCCCCAGGGAAGGAACAGAGGCAGGACGGGCAGAAAGGAGCCACAGCGCUUGUCUCCGGGCUCCGCAGCUGGUUCCUGGAGACGCUGCAGAGUGCAUGGAGCAGGUGCAGGCCCGGCCGCAGCCUGUGGACCUGGCCGACAGCAAAGGCGUCAGUGUGUCUGGGGCCACCGGGGCGGCCCUGAGGGAGACAGCGUGCAUCAGCCACAGUCUUGCAGCCCUGGCAGACGUCCUGGGAACCUCGUUGGAGCACCGCGGCCACGUCCCAUACCGGAACAGCAGACCCACCCACCUCCUUCAGGACUGCCUAAGAGGCGAUGCGAAACUGCUGGUGAUUCUGUGUGUGUCUCCCAGCCAGAGGCACCUGGCGCAGCGGCUGCGGGGCUUGCAGAGGCUGUGGGGACUGUCCUUUGGAACCCGUGCUCAGCGAGUGCAGCGAGGCCCAGCCAGAAAGAGGCAGCCCAGCUCCCGGCGGAGGGGAAGAUGUGGCCGGAUUGAACGCAUCAACGAGCUUUCCUCUCUAAAAAUGUGUUUCUUGUCAUUGCUUUACAAUGCAUAUGUGCACAGAAAUGAACAGGUUUGA